AUGAAAAGUGUCGACAUUAUAAAAUGCGAUAUGUGCUUCUUUUCAUAUGAUGGUUUAUUUUUAAUCUACACAGUUAUAAAUAAAAUAUUCGUAAUACAAGUAAAAAAUUUUGAACUGUAUAGAAUAUAUAUAGAAAGUUAUAAAAUAGAUGAUAUUAUAUUAUCGAAUGAUAAUAUUCAUUUCCUUACGUUAAUAAAAAAUAAAGGAUGUGUAUGUAUUUAUUCUUUUUAUAAAAAUAAUUUAAUAAAUAAAAUAAGUGAUUAUUUUCAAACAUAUGAUCAUUCAUUUUUUUUAUCGAAAAAUAAUAACAUUGGUGUAGUCAAAUAUGAAAAGCAAUGUUUAAGUAUAUAUAAUAUGAAUAAUCCAGAAAAAUGUUUAAUAAACAUAGAAAAUAUGAAAUAUCAAAAUAAAGGAUAUUGCUGGAAUUAUAUAAAUACUAUAUUUGCAUGUUUAAUUGAAAAUAAGAAAGAUAUAAACAUUUUGUUGUUGUCCUUAUUUAAUUAUACUAUUAUAAAAAAUAUUAAAUUUACAAACUUUUUUCCUAACGAUAUAUUAUUUAGCAGAUCUGAUAAUAUCAUAGCUUAUAGUAAUAAAAACAAAUCAUUACACAUCUAUAGUACUGAUGGGGACCUCUUAUAUGUAUAUAAGUAUGCUGAAGAUUUGGCAAGUAUUAAUAUUGUAUCUAUAAAUAAAAUGAAAAAUACAUUUUCCUUAGGAUUAGAAAAUGGAUAUGUCAAAAUUUUGGAUCUGGAAAAUUUUAAAGAAAUCAAGUCAUUCUUAUUGGAUAGCACAAUACAGAUGAACGACAAACUUAACAUAUAUAAAGAAAACAUUUCAACUAAAGAUCCUAUUAAUGACAUCCUUUUGACAAAUAUAACAUCUAAAAGGAAACAAAAUGAAUACUUUUCUUUUUACACUAAUGUAUCAGAAGGCAUAAAAGAAGGAGAAUACAAACUGAAGAGUGAAAAGGUCCUUUAUUUUAUUUGUGCAAAUUAUUUAGCUGUAUUAAACGAAAACCAUAACAAUGUGGUGAGGAUAUACGAAACAAAAAAUUAUUCAUGUAUAGCAAUAUUACAACAAAGAAAUAAAGUGACAUUUUUAAAGUGGGAUAAUAUAUUAUAUAAACCAAGGCUUUUAAUAUGCACAAGUACAUGUUAUUUGUUUAUGUGGCUACCUUUUGAAUGUGCUGUAAUUAAAAUAUCGAAUGACUUUAUGUGUAAAGAAGCAGAAUGGAAUAAUGAUGGAACACUCCUACUAACCAAAAAUGAUAAUAGUUUAGCAUUAUUUUAUCCAAGAAAAAAAUAA